AGGGAUAGGGAGCACUCCGUCCGAAGCCAAGAUGGACAAUCGGACACUUCAACUCAUUCUGUUUUGCGCUCUGGCCUUGCCAGGUGCUCUGGGUGUAAACAUGGAGGAACAGCUGAUCAAGCUUCUUUUCACGGACAGAAAUUAUAACAGUAAACAGCGCCCGGUGGUGUCGAAGAAUGACACGGUGACCAUCUACCUGGCUUUGACACUUUCCAAUCUGAUCUCUCUGAAAGAAGCCGAUGAAACUCUCACGACCAACGCCUGGCUUGAGCAUAGCUGGAACGAUCAUCGGCUGCAAUGGAACAUGACGGACUAUGGAGGGAUCGAAGUGCUCCGUCUCCGGCCGGAGAUGCUCUGGCUGCCGGAAAUCGUUCUGGAGAACAACAACGAUGGAAACUUUGAGAUCACGUACAACGCCAAUAUAUUGGUCUAUGCUAACGGAGACGUCUACUGGCUGCCUCCUUCCAUCUUCCGCACUGCCUGCCCUAUCAAUGUCAAUUACUUCCCCUUUGACUGGCAGAAUUGUAGCCUGAGGUUCUGCUCCCUGAUGUACAACGCCAAUGAGAUCGACCUGCAGAUCAUCUCCAAAGUAGAUGAAGAGACCAAGCGCAAUUAUCUGGUGGAAUGGAUCAUCAUCGACCCCGAAAGUUUCACAAGCAAUGGUGAAUGGGAGAUUAUUCACCGACCGGCUCGCAAAAACAUCAAUUCGCUUGUCCCUCGAGACAGCAACAAACACCAGGACAUCACCUUCUACCUCAUCAUUAAGCGCAAACCUCUCUUUUAUAUCAUCAACAUCGUCACUCCCUGCAUCCUGAUCGCCUUCAUGAUCAUCCUCGUCUUCUACUUGCCGGCUGACAGUGGAGAGAAGAUGACUUUAGCUAUCUCUAUCCUCUUGGCUCAGUCGGUCUUUCUGCUGCUGAUCUCUCAGCGUCUCCCAGCCACCUCCUUCGCCAUUCCGCUCAUUGGCAAGUACCUGCUCUUCGUCAUGCUUCUGGUGACCGCAGUGGUGGUAGCAUGCACCGUGGAACUCAACAUACAUUUUCGGACCCCCAGCACCCACGUCUUGUCUGAAUGGACGAAAGAGUUCUUCCUUGACACCCUUCCUCGCCUCCUGCGCAUGUCCAAGCCAGCGGAGAGCGACCCCACGCCGCAGGAUGGCUUCCUGAUCCGGCGUACUAGCUCGGUCGGUUACAUCGUCAAAGCGGAGGAAUAUUUCACCAUUAAAUCCCGCAGCGAGCUCAUGUUUGAGAAGCAGUCAGAAAGGCAUGGCUUAACGAGCCGGAUUACCCCUGCACGACCAAACCCGUACGGGGCAGGCGAUCUGCAGGACCAGCUGUACAAUGAGAUCAAGCCAGCCAUCGCUGGAGCCAACUUCAUUGUGAAGCACAUGCAGGAGAAGAACAGCUAUAAUGAGGAAAAGGACAACUGGAAUCGCGUGGCUCGGACUGUGGACCGCCUCUGCCUCUUCUUAGUCACUCCCAUUCUGAGCCUUGGGACCUUAUGGAUCUUCUUGGUGGGAAUCUACAAUCACCCUCCUCCUCUGCCCUUUGAGGGUGACCCUUACGACUACAGUGAGAAAAACCCACACUAUAUCUAAAGCCAAGGGGGGGCUGCCCUGCUCAGAGCAUAUAUAGAAUAACAGAGUUGGAAGGGACCUUAGAGGUCUUCUAGUCCAACCCCUUGCAUAGGCAGCAGCACUGCUGAUCAGAACAUCUAUCACAGCUGCCAGAUUUGGUGGAUCGCGACGAGAGAUCGUACAGGCCCUUGCUGUAGCUCCCUCACCCGAAAUAUCCAGGGAGUUGUGAUCCCUUAAGUUAUUUCUUUUAAUUUUUGUUGUCAUUUUAUUCCAGAGAUUUUCAAACUUGGCAGCUUUAAGACUUGUGGACUUCAACUCCCAGACUUCUAUGCCGCCCAGGGAAUGCUGGGAGUUGAAGUCCACAAGUCUUAAAGCUGCCAAUUUUGAAGGCCUCUGGUUUUAUUCUUUAGGUUUCUUAGUCUUAGAUACCUUGAGACGUUUGGACUUCAACUCCCAGAAUUCUAUGCCGCCCUGGGAAUGCUGGGAGUUGAAGUCCACAAGUCUUAAAGCUGCCAAUUUUGAAGGCCUCUGGUUUUAUUCUUUAGGUUUCUUAGCCUUAGAUACCUUGAGACGUUUGGACUUCAACUCCCAGAAUUCUAUGCCGCCCGGGGAAUGCUGGGAGUUGAAGUCCACAAGUCUUAAAGCUGCCAAUUUUGAAGGCCUCUGGUUUUAUUCUUUAGGUUUCUUAGUCUUAGAUACCUUGAGACGUUUGGACUUCAACUCCCAGAAUUCUAUGCCGCCCUGGGAAUGCUGGGAGUUGGUCCACAAGUCUUAAAGCUGCCAAUUUUGAAGGCCUCUGGUUUUAUUCCUUAGGUUUCUUAGCCUUAGAUACCUUGAGACGUUUGGACUUCAACUCCCAGAAUUCUAUGCCGCCCGGGGAAUGCUGGGAGUUGAAGCCCACAAGUCUUAAAGCUGCCAAUUUUGAAGGCCUCUGGUUUUAUUCUUUAGGUUUCUUAGCCUUAGAUACCUUGAGACGUUUGGACUUCAACUCCCAGAAUUCUCUGCUGCCUGGGGAAUGCU